AAUUGAAUUCGAAGGCGUUAUGGCGAUUUUGGCGCGAUUUUUGUAGUGCGAGCGUGAAGGUGAUUGUGAAAAUACAUAUCUAUAAAUAAGCACUUGAAAAUAUAAAGAUUUAUGAAAUAAAAAUUUAAAUGAAAGCAAUUGUCGGAAGUGCCAAUGUGUAGUGAAAAAUUGUGUGCAAAUUAAUUGAAAAAUAAAAAUUAAAAAAUAAAACUAAAAUAAGUUUUGUAGGCCUGAAAAUUUGUAUGUGCGUUGGAAAAUUCUGGCGUCAGCAGGAAAGUGUGAAAUGUGGGUUUUGAUUAAGUGCCUUGUGGCAAAUAGUUAUUUUGAACAGCUAAUGCGAAGAAUUUCUGAAUCAAACUAAGUGAUACAAGUCAGCAAAAUGCCGAAAGUCUUUGAGUGCUUCAGUGGGCUAAGAUGCAACUCGAAGGCCUCGUACUUGCCCCGCCAGAGUCUCGAGAAGCUCAACAACUUGGAUCCGGAUCAUGGCAGUUACAAGCUCACGCUCACCUCAAACGAAGACUUGGUGGCGAACACAAAGCCGCCCGCUGCCUACGACAUACUCAAUGCACAUAAUGGCAAAAUGCCUAACAAUUUGCCAGAUGUUCUGCCAUUGGGCGCAAAGUUGCAACCGCAACCUUCGUCGCCGACCUCCGCCAAUGCUUCGCCGUUACGCUAUGCUUCCAACAAUAACUUAAACUCAUCAACUGUCUCUGCACCACCUCAGCAACAGCAGCAGCAGCAGCCGCCGCAACCACAGCAACUGCAGACGCCAGCGACAUCCAAUUGUUAUCCCGUAUAUCCACCCACCCAGCACCGCUACUCAACGCCAACCAUGAAUUCUUACAACAGCAAUGUUGCAAACAGUGGUGGCAAACCGCACAACUACAGUCGAUCUCAGUCGUAUGACGUACACAAUAACUCGCACAGUGGUAGUUUUUAUCAUCCCAACCACGCCCAGAAUAGUCCCACUAAAUUCAUGUCUCAAUCCACAAUGGAUCUGAAGCGUACACAACAGUUGGAGCCGACGCUAGAGGAGACCACAGCCGCCUUACUCAGCGAGAGUGCCACAGUGCUGUCGCCCGCGCAAUCGGAGAGUAGCCUCAGUAGUCCGAACAGACAUCAACCGCAACUGAUUUCGAUGAAGCCGCUCUCUAGCCUCGGCAGCUCCAGUGAUAGUGGCAGCACUAGCGGCAGUGAAGGACGUAUUUUCCGCGCCGAACUGGUCACAGCUACGCUUUCAACGUCGCCUAUCGCGCCAGUGAAAUCUGUUAUACGCAAGGACUCAUUGCGCGAAAAUAUCGAGAAAAUAACGCAGCUGCAGUCGAAACUGAUGUCGGCCCAUGUGUCUGAAACCAGUUUAAUUGGCAUGUAUGGCUCAAGGACGACACUGCAUUCAGCGCCUACAACGCCCAUAAUGGCAACAGAAAACAUACUCCAGCAAACGCACGAAAGCUGUGAGAGUCCCAAGCGCACUGCUGCCGCUAGUGUUGAAGAGCCAAAGGAGCAAGUCGAUACUGUGCUCACAGAAACUAUAUCUGAUUUUAAGGAGGAAAGCAAUGUAGCGGAUGCAAGCGUCGCACAAACUCCUACAACACACACAAAUUCAAACUCCUCGCCAACCUCGCCAGCAACAAGCGAAACGCUACCUCAAUCAGCAACCACCGUCGCCAGCACAAAUACCACAAGUGAUGACCUCAUUGCAACACAAAUCACGCAAAUGAACUCCAGCACCGAUGGUUUAAAACUUAUGCAGCGUAGCGAAAUUAUACUACGCGUGAAUCCAUCCACCACAGAGACAGCGUCGCAAACCGAUGAUGAUUAUUUGGUGUCUGCAGCUAACGAUACCGAGGAGCAUACACGACUCACGGAGCAACCACACAACAAGGAAGAUGCUCAGCAACAGCGCAUAACGCUGCAGCCACGUCAACGACAUCCCAUCGAAAUUGACUGUGAAGCCAUGUCACAAGAACUAGCUACACUCUUGGCGUCCAAUGAGAAACUGGUGCAAAUCUUAGCGCCGCCCGCACUCAAAUCAGCCACGGAUUAUGUUAGUAACCUUUAUAAUCCGAAUGUGCCAUUACGACCGGCUAAACGUGAUGUUGGCACUUCGACGCUGCUGCGCAUGAAAGGACGUGACAGCCAGGAGAAAGUAACAGUAGAACUACAGUAUGCCGAAGUGGAGGUAUUACUGGCCAAUGGCGACAGUGAAACGGAUACUUGUGAUUUGCUCAAGAAGAAGGUGGAUGAACUUAUCAAGCAACUUAAUCGUAAGAUACGCGUACUUAACAAGGAGCAAACGACGCUCAAAGAGGAAGCUGAACUCAACGAUGAGUUGGGUAACAGUCUGGUCAGCAAGCUGACGGACAAAGUGCGUCCCAUAGAGGCAACCAAGUGCCGCACCUACAUCGAUGAUGUGGGUCAAAUUACGAGCUUACUGCUUUCGCUCUCCGAACGAUUGGCACGCAUAGAGAAUAGUCUGAGUGCUGUGCCGGCUGAGAGUGGCGCUGAGAAGAAAUCACUCGAACUAAAACGCGAUCGUCUGCUCGAUCAACUUGCCGAAGCGAAGCGCCUUAAAGAGGACAUCGAUCGACGCGGCAGCAGUGUUGUUGGCAUUGUCGAGAAAAAUCUCAGCGCGGAUGAAUUUGCCGAUUUCGAUUAUUUUAUCAACAUGAAAGCGAAAUUGAUAGCAGAUACACGUGAUAUUGCGGACAAAAUCAAGUGUGGCGAAGAACAACUCAACGCGCUAAGUGAGGCGCUCAUUCAAAGUGAUUGUUAAGCGAACGAAAGAUUGGGAAGCUCAGCAGCCAGAUUACAUUAUUCGCAAUCGCUAAUUUUGAUUGCCAAAAAUCUCCAAAAGAAUAACAGGCGCGCCUAACAAAAUGCAAUAUCUAGUUGAGAGAUUGUAACUGCUACUUUUCCUAAUGUAUACUUUUAGGCGCUACUGCUUUUAAUUUAGAGAAUUUUCGCGACGAAAAUCUAGCGUUGCGAUUGGCAGAAUUCCACUGCAGCUUCCAACGAAGUGAUUUUAGAUAUGCACUUACAUACAUACAUAACUGGAUUAAUGUAGAUAUUGUAUAUGUAUGUAUGCAAGUAGGUUAUUAUGGCGGCGGCUGACCAAGCGGAGUGAUUUUCCAUGCCUUCAACAGCAACGAGUUGAAAGCUUAGUGUGAGAAUCGACGGAAAAAGCGGGCAAUCUAUGAGCGUUAUGGAAAUGAGCUUUCAUGGACUUUUUUUUGGCCAUCGGCGAGUUAAAAUAAAAAACAAAAAA